UCUGUCUGACUGACAUGCGCUAGGUAGGUACUAAUCUCGAUUCUCAAUUAUUGUACUGUACUGAUACGAUAUUCCAGUUCCUUUCCUUUUAUAAUAAUAUAUUUUCACAACAUAUCACAAUGAAUAGUAUUGGCGAAGAGUGUACAGAGUUAAAGAAAAAGUACGACGAUUGCUUCAACACCUGGUUUACGGACAAGUUUUUGAGAGGGAACCACGACGAUUCAAUGUGCUCCAGUAUCUUUAAAGUUUAUCAGGAUUGCGUAAAGAAUGCAAUGAAGCAACAAAAUAUUGACUUUAAAGAGAUUGAAAAUGAUGUUUUGGGUACGGAGAAAGAGAACAAAAUUCCUCCUUCAGGUGGCAAUAGUUGACAGUUGUUUAACUUUUUAUGUGCUGUAAACCCUGCAUGUUGCUGGAACAUGCUCCAUGUGGGUCGCUUCAAAUGUAACUCGGAGAUGCUGCAGUUAAGUCAACAUGAGGGCAAAGUUAGAACAAAAGUUGAUGUAUACAAUUUAGAUUAUGUAUAAGCUUUAGUGAUUAUUGAUGUUAUAUGUGUGGCAUAGUAUUUUUACCUAUUAUUAGCAUAAUUAUUUCAUACUUCAGUGCAAUGCCUUUACUAUGUUGUUCAAAAUUAUUAUUAAUUCUACACUUGGUAGUUACUGCUAACACUUAAUAAAUUAAAAGGAGUGUUGAAUUAUGAAUUAGUAUAUACUAUUGAAAUAAGUGAAAGUGCAAAUAUUAAUAUAGAAUAUUAUAUUUACUAUUGCUGUUGGCAGUCAAAUAAAUAUGCAUAUAAAUGACACAAAUAUAUUUCAUUUGAAAAUAAUACCCAUUAACUUACACUAAAUUGUUAAGUUUAAUUAUUUUUAAGUACCUGUAUCCGUUAUUAUUAUCAGGCCUCAUUACAAAUAAAUCGAUAACUAUUGUGAGUAAUUAUGCAAUAUAUGUACCUACAUGUCGCCGUAACUUAUAAAUAUCUUAGUUUAUAAUAAAUCCAAAAUAUAAUAUGCUUCACAAAUUUUUGUAUCAAAGUUCAGUUUCAAUUGAUUUAUUCAACAUGUUAGUUUAAUGGUGUUAAUAAUUUUAUAUUGGCCAAAACAUGAAAAGAUAAAUUCUACAAGUUUUUAUAAUCUUGGGUAGGGUUAUUUUUCUGGUCUGGGUCAAAUUUCUAUUAUACUUAACAUGAAAAAAUUUUAUCAAAUAUUUAAAGUACUGAUAGUAAACAUCUGUGUACGGUCAUGAGUACUAAUAUAUUACACUUUGAAACCAUGUCACAUUAAGUUUUUUGACAAAACCGUAAGUCUCAUUAAAUGUCAAAUAAGAUAGUGCAACAGGGUUCUAAAGUGGGUACAUGAUAUUGCUCAUGACUGUAGGUGUUUUGUUCAGUGUAGGAUGAGUCAGGCCAACUACCACUGAAAUAUCCUUAAUAUUUAUGUACAUGCUGUAAAUCCAGCCAGUCACACUCAAAAUUUAAUGCAGUCUUAUCAUAUUUGUAAUGCAGUACCUCUGAUCAGCUGGAGGUCUGUGUAGCUUUAUGUGCAGUACAAUAGUGGGAUACACUCUUGUGUUUUGUUAUCUUUGAAGACUUGUUAUGCAUUUAUUUUAUGUAAUGUUGUGUAUAGUAAUAGAGUGUAGUUUAGUAAUAAAUGAUUGUUAUGGGCCAAACUUGA